AUGGACCUCUCGUCCCUCGACACAACGCUUCCCCCAGCGCUCGCCGACGCCGAGCGCGACAUGGGCGACAAGUUCCGAGCCGCCGCUAUGAGCAUAACCCAGCUCUACAAGAGCUCCCUUGGAUAUACAAAGCAAGCAUACCAGGCGGGCUACUCCGCUGCCCUCGCCGACGUACUCUCCAAGGUGCAGAGUGAUAUCGGGAGUGGAGGCGACGCGGCCGAGGCCCUCGCACGUCUCAUGGACUGGAGCGAGGCGGCUAUCCGGACAUUCGCAGAGGACGACGAGCAGCCCGCACCUGUACAACGUCCGACGCCACGUACGACACCCGCGCGCCCGGCUUCGGCGCCCAUACUUGACUCGCGCGUCCGCCCAACGCCCGGACCCUCUAAUCUUCGCCAGGAUACCACCAAUACCCCCUCCACUGAUGAGCCUCGACCGGCGACCGUGUCCAGCCUCCUCGAGCGAGCGCCCGACACGCCUUCCUCCCCCGUUCCUGCACCCACGCCCACUCGCCCCAUGGCGGCACAGCGGCGUGCCCCUGUCCCCCGUCCCCCUAAUAACACGUUCAACUUCAACCUGCCUGCGACCCUCACCAUCCCAUCCAUCGAGCUUCCUCCUGCUAGCGGACCUGUGCAGGCCGCGCAGACAGGCUCGAAGCGACCCAUGAUCGACGCCGAGAUGAGUGAGGACCCCGCUACGCCGCGCCAGGGGCGGGGGAAGCGGCGCAAUCUGGACGACGGGGCGCGCAAGCCCCGCCGGGGUGGGAAUGCUGGGCAGUAG